UGUAGGGUUUAGUGACAGUGUGUGCUGUGCUUUUGUAGACGAACCACCUGCUGCGGUCAACUCUUUGCAGAUAAAUUUGAGAAUUUCGACCGGAUCUCAUCCAUGCCGUAUGGGGAAACAAGCAAGGCUGAAUAGCUGUGACUUAAUUUAGCCUGUCGAACAAGGGUUUUCACAUGUGCUGAAAAGCAGACUGGACUCCGUGACGCAGUGGCUCGGCGUUAUCAUCAACCAAUUUUGUUGUUGUCUGGAUCAGAUUCUGUUUUUGUCCAUAUUUUCUGAGGGGACAUCCAACACCAAGUCUGGACCUAGGAGUCGGCACUCCGGGAAUUAUUGAUUCUGUCCAGUGACUUGGCUGAUGCACUGCCUGCCCCCUUUUGAUCUCAUCGUUGACAGAGGAUCUAGUCAUGUCACCGGUUUCCUGCCUGCUGGGGAGUUUCUCACACCACUGGUAUUGACAACAGGUGUGACACGCGAGUGUUCAUGCUUUGCUUCAGGCUCCAAUCUGUGACCUUACAUCCUUCAGCACCUGUCCGGGCCUUGUGACCUCAUCACUGGAACUCUCCUCCAAGGUCAAAGUUCAUCACACGCAGAAGCCCAGGCAAAAGGUCCUCAACACCUCUUGGAGCACUGCGCACACAAUGUUGCGUGGAGUGCAGCACGUUCCAUAGUGGAUGUACAUGCUUGUACAGUGUAGACUCAGUAUCAGGCUGCACUUGAACUGAUCUGCAACAUGGUCAUGGAUGCUGGUAUUAUCAAUGGGAGGAUUGCCAGUCUCCCUCCGCAGCCGUCCCGAGUGGUCAAGGUGGUCCUCUGCUGCACAAAAUCAGAUACUGAGCAAGAGAGGCAUGCCUUGCUUCGUGAUGCUGUUCCAGAGCUCCAACGGCACUGUCAGGAGUAUGGACUGGAUUUCCAGCUUGUUGACAUGUACUGUGGUCCAGGUGACAUUGCCACCAAUGACCACGAGAUGGGAGCAUUACGACUGCGUGAGAUCAGUGAUGCUCAUCGGAUAUCACAAGGCCCAUUCUUUCUGUCCAUCAUCGGCAAUAAAUACGGAGACUACGUGCUGCCAACGCGGGUCGACUCAACAGAAUUCAGCCACAUCAGGGAUUGUGCAUUUGAGGCUGGCAAAGAUAUUAAUAUCUUGGAUGAGUGGUACCUACCAGAGGCAGAUGGACAGGAACAAGUCUACACGCUAUCCCCGAUAUCAGCAAAGCUAAAAUUCUACUAUGACCAGAGUGAGGAGAACAAAGAAGCCCAUGAGAAGGACGUGGCCAAGUGGAAGAAGACCCAUGACUCCCUGCUAGAAAUCCUGCAGCAGUGCUCGGAGUACGUCCACGACGAAGGGCUGCUUAACGAAGAGCAACUCCACAAAUACCACAUGUCAGCAAUUGAAAAUGAGAUUCUCCAUGCUCACCAGCUGUCCAGCAAUGGAGGCAGGAAAUGCCUCUACAUUUUCCGCACCCUGGAAGACUUUCCACAAAAUGUAGAGAACCAAGAAAUGCACAAUUAUGUGGACAUAAGGAAACCCAGCCGGCCAAAGAUCUACAAGAAAGCCCAAGAGAGGAUCAAGUUCCUCAAGGAGACCAAGAUUCCAUCUCUGGUGUGCGAGGAGAACAUUUUCACGUACACGACCCCGUGGUCCUCAGGUGGCAUUGAUCCGAAGACCAAAGACGAGCAUGCUCAGUACAUUAAGGAGAUGACCUCACAGAUUGUCUUCAGGAUCAAGGAACUCAUCAAUGAAGAGGUAGGGAAGGAGAAGGAGAACGCACGCAAUGUGGACAACUCAAAGAGCAUCCUGUCGGAGGUCAUGGCUCAUGGCCAGAUUGCCGCCUUGCAGAAAAACAAUUUCAUCAGCCGGGAUUCCGUCAUCAACCAAGUGGAGGGUUUGGUGAACCCACUGAAGGCUGAAGCGCGGAAGGAGAACCAUCCUAUUAUCCUGCAUGGGGAGGCGGGUAGCGGCAAGACCACGGUAGUUUCACAGCUGGUGCACUUGGCGCCCACCUGGCUGGGUGAGGGCGUGACCGUGGUGGCCCGAUUCCUGGGCCGCACCACCAACUGCAAGUCCCUGCGGGACUUCCUGGAGAGCUCCUGCCGGCAGAUCAUGGAGGCCUACAAACCCAAGAAGCUGAGCGACGUCCCCAGGGAAGGGGAAAAGCUGGCCGCAUUCUUUAUGAAGGUGGUGACCACCGUGCCUAGCCAAGCCAAGCCUCUGCUCAUUGUGGUGGAUAUCCCGGAGGAGAUCUCUCAACACUUGAGCAAGAAGCUCUUGGAGUGGCUCCCAAGCGAGUUUCCGGCCUCUACCCACCUGGUCAUCUCACUCUCAGACUCCCCCGCCCUAAAGGUCCUCCAUGAAAUGAUCCCCAACGAGUCUCACUUCAUCCGGGUCACCUCACUCAAUGACCGGGAACUCUCUGAGUUGGUCAAACUCUUCCUCACAGAAAACUCGCGGCCACUGACCUCGGACCAGGUCAAGAUUGUGACCCGGGCAGUGGCGAGGCACCCACUGCCAAUGUUUGCCAAGUUGAUGUGUCAUGAGGCACAGUUUGUGAACCCAUCGGGAAAUGGACGGGACCCGGUAGCAGCACUGACAGAGGCUGCUAACCUGGUCCUACAACAUGUGGAAGAGAGGCAUGGUGUCACAAUAACAAGUCACAUUCUCAGGUAUCUGACGGUGGCUCACCAUGGCUUGACAGAGGCCGAGCUGAUGGAUGUGUUGUCCUGCGAUGACGAGCUUCUAGACAGCAUCUAUCGCGAAAACCUCCCUCACCUCAUCAGGUUUCCCUAUCACCUCUGGGCUGCUUUCAAGUAUGACCUGGGAACUUUGCUGGAGGAACGCUUCAUCGACAAUAAGACGGUGCUGACGUGGAGCGGCUCGGUCAUCCGGCAGAUUGCCAGCCAGCGCUACCUGGCUAACAGCUGCGUCCGGGCAAACUGCCACGGCCGGCUGGCCCAGCUCUUCUUGCAAGGCUGGGUGAAGGAGAAGGUGUGGUCGCUGCCGGGUCGGGAGCUGGAGGGUGUGGAGAGGGGCCGCAAGGUGGCACCCCAGCCGCUGCUCUAUGGCGAGACCAGGUACAACAUGCGGCGGCUCAGCGAGCUGUGGUACCACCUGGCCCAUGCUGGCGACAUGAAGCGUCUGAAAUCAACCACCAUGUGCAACUUUGAGUACCUGCUGGCCAAGGCCCAUGCCAUGUCCGUCUACCAGCUGCUGCAGGACUUUGACACCAUCCGUGGCAUGGUCAUCGACUCAGAGGUUGACCUGACCCGCAGCGCCAUCCUUCUCAGCGCACCAGCGCUGAUGGCUGACCCACUGCAGCUUGCCGCUGAGCUGAUUGGCCGGCUGUUGCCCAUCAAAGCGGACUACCCAGGCAGCCUGGAGUGUCUGGUCAACCAGGCCAUGGAGUGGUGUGAGCAGUUCACUCGCCCCCUCAUUGUGCCCUUGGCCUCCUGGCUUCCCACCCCGCGUGAGCCCUACGUCACUGCUGUGCCCUGCGGGGGCGCCGUGCACAAGAUGGCGCUGUCCGACGACAACCAGGUGGUGUACUGUGUCCUGAGGGAGACCUUUCUCGCAGCAUUCCGGAUCGCCUCCCAUGAGAAGAUCUGGGAGGUCAAAGGUCACGACAUGGAGGUGACGUGCAUUGAGACGUCAGAUGAUAACAGAUGGCUCCUCACGGGCUCCACUGACAAAACGGUCAAGGUCUGGUGCACCGACAAGGCGGAGUGCACUGGCACCCUGGCCGAGCACAAAGGGGUGGUCACCUCGAUCCUGAUGACUCAUGGAGGCCAGCGAGUCAUCAGCGGGUCAGCCGACUACAAGCUUCGGGUCUUCAAGAGCGGUACCAGGGCCCUGGAGAGGACCUUGGAGGGCCACCAGGACGCUGUGAUUGCCAUCGCCGUGAACAGCUCUGACGACGUGCUAGUGUCAGCUGCAGCAGACUCUACUAUAAGGACUUGGAGUUUGGAGACUUUCGUGCAGCUGGAUUUGAUUGAAGGCCACAAAUGUCUGAUCACUCAUAUGACAAUAUCCUCCGACGAUAUGUUCAUCAUCACAGCUUAUGAGGACAAGAAACUCCAGAUAAGUUGUCUACCGACAGGGUCUGAAGUCCACUGCCUUGAACAGCAUGAUGAAAACAUUGUCGACCUCAGUAACUGUGCGGACGGCACCCACAUUGCCGUUGCAACCAUCAAGCACAAGGUGCUGGUCUACAACAUCAAGUCGCGGGAGAUUGUCCAGACGCUGACAGGUCACAACGGCUCGGUGUCCAAGGUGGCCGUGACGCAGGACGGCCACUUCAUGAUGACUGCUUGCAUGGACGGCCACGUGCGGGUCUGGAACAUGCCCAAGAAGUCCAACUCAGAGGUGUCGCCCUUCGCCCACCACAGCAAGGUCACCUGCAUCGCUCUGAGCAAGGAAGGAAUUUUUGCCAUCACCGGUUCCACAGACUGUACACUGAGACUAUGGAACCUUGAGCAGAGCCAAAUGAUCAACAUCCUUUGUGAACACACUAAGCCAAUUACAUGCGUAGCGCUGGCAGAUGAUGCAAGUUUUGCUGUCUCGGGCUCUGAGGAUAAGUCAGUGCGUGUUUGGAGUGCUGGCUCCGGGGUGGUGGUCGUGUGUUUCACUGAACACUCCGAUGUCAUUUCAAACGUCCUCAUCACGUCGGACAACAAGCGCAUCUUGUCAGCUGACUACAGCAACCACAUGAAGCUAUGGAGGGCAGAAUCAGGGGAGGUCCUGCUGUCCUGCAGUGGCCCCUCCUCCAUGGUCACCCUGACCCCGAACAAUGACUUCGCCAUCAGCGGGGAUGGGAACGAGCUGAUGAAGAUCUGGUCAGUGGGCAGCGGCGAGUCGGUCAAGACCAUCAACCACGUGGAGACCAUCACCUGCCUGGCGGUGACCAGGGACAACCACUUCACCAUCACAGGCUCCGAGGACAUGUCCCUCAAGAUCUGGGAGACAGAAACCGGCAAGCUCACGCAGAUCCUUGCUGGCCAUGAUGACAAAGUGUCCUGUGUCACCCUGGCCGACCACAACCGUCAUGUGAUCUCGGGGUCACAUGAUAAGACUCUGAUCAUCUGGAACAUGGGCACAGGUGAGAUUGAGAAGGUGCUGAUGGGCCACACGGACAUCGUCACCAGUGCUAAGAUGACUAGUGACGGCAGUAUUGUGGUCUCAGGUUCUCAUGAUGGUACAGUCCGUGUCUGGGCUGUUCAGACCGGCUUAUUGGUCACGGCAUUCCACAUGAACAUCCCCGUGGCAGAGCUGCAGAUGACGUUUGACGCCAGCCACAUCGUGGUGCGGCUGCUCGAGGGAGGCUGUGUGCCGCUGCUCUGCCUACGCAACAGCCCAGCCACUGACAUCAAGUCGCAGAGCCAAGUGGACAUCGACAUCCGGGAAGCCCCCCGAGAUCCGCGACCUAGUGAGCCGGGGCCUGAGGAAGAAUCCUCCAGCACCGUUCUCCCCAUCAAGCCCAAGCCCCCGCUGGUCCACAAGCAGACCUCACUGCAGAUUCCCGCCAUCUCCCGCAAGUCCACCAGCUCAGUGCCGGACACCUCCCGGCCCAAGGCUAUUGUGGCCUCGGCCAAGGCUCGGCACCAGAGCUACCAGGACACCACGCCCAGCUCAGGCAAGACCAAGAAGAACAAGAAGUCCGGGGUGUGCCUGCUCUUCUGACUGGCGAGGUUCAGGAGACGGUAGCUGCCUGUGUUUAGAGAGGGGUCGUUGAAGGAGUCCGUGUUGUUGGUCCGAAGUCUGCCAUGCUGCUAAGGAAUUCACACCAAUCCUAUGGAAUAAAAUAGGAAAUUCUGUGCUUUGAAGUUAAGCAAUUACCAUACGAUAUUGCAAUGUUUUCGUUUUAAGUCCCAUUAAAUAUUGUCUUGCACGAUAGUGCCUUUAAUUUGCAUAAAGUUUGCUUUGCAUUAUCUUUCUUAAAGGGGUACACGUAGAAUUUUUCACGCACAAAAAUUCUGCUUGCAUCUCGUCACAUCUCAGUCAAAUUUCAAGUUUCAGCACAAAUCUUGGUUUUUAGCAGAAGUUUUUCAAAGGGUUAAUGUAAAAUACAUGUCCCAGAAUCUUCACGGACAAAAGUCUUAGGAAAUGAAAAUAGAGGGUAACAAGGAAACACAAGAAAAAUGGGAACGAGUCCUUUCUUGAACCCACUCCACUCUUAACGCAAGCAUUCCUAUCCUGCUUACAUUUUAGAGUUGACAAGUUUAUCAAGAUUCCUGCAUGAGCUUGUGUGAUCUUGUCAAUGAAAAUAGCCCAAGGCAAUCCAAAGGUAGAGUAAUUCAUCCCUGACGUGGCACCAAGGGAGAGGUGUCAGCAACAAGGUGUUAACAGGUCAAGAGCUGCUUGACCAACACCUGGACCCUGUUGAUGGUCAGUGAUGAAUUCAUUAUGGAAUUACCCCUUCCCUCCUUUCUUCUUCGAGGAGAGUAUUUGGUCAGCUUGUACAAAGUUAGAAUCAAAGUUGCGAACACAAUCCCAUUUAAGUGGCCAUUUUAGUUUUAAAUUAAGUGUACUCCUGUAUGGUAACUUUGAUACAUAAAUGUGUGAAUUCUUUUGAUAUCUGUAAAGAAACUCGAAGCAGCAUCCAGUCUGACAACCGACAACCAUCCUUUAACGUCUGGAGCGAAGACAGUUAACGAUUUCUGUCAUGCCACGUCAAAUAGUGUUUUGAAUAUACAUGUAUCUCACUUCAUCUCAUCUGUUUCUUCUUUUUUGGGGGCUUUUUUUUGGGUGGCACUUUCACGUUUUGUCACUUUCACGUUUUGUCACUUUGUGUAAAGCAGUUUAAGCUUCUAGUGUGUCACAGCCAAACCCUCUGUGUGGACACCAUUUGAUCAAUAUUCCGAUGUACUCACAGCGACCGGCCUCACACAGCAUGGUGUAGAUAUCCAUCAGGCCCUGUUGUGAGCCCAGCCGCAAUUGGCAGGUCUGACAACUUCGUAAGACUUCUUUAUUCUCAAUCUUUUUUUUUUUCCCACUAGCAUAUUUUUUUAUCUCAGGAUUUUCUCGGCUAUCUACACUUCCUAUGUCUUGCUUCUACUCAAAUCAACUCAAAGAGUUUCCACCGAGACAGUUUUUGAAGUAAUUCUAUAGCUGUUGACAGAUUGGGAAAUGUACAGGGGCUUUAUCUUAUCUGUGUUGAGAAAUCACACAAUGGGUGCAAUCAGUUUGUUUAUUUAAAAGAUGUACAUGUACAAUUGCUGUAAAGGUUUUGAAAAGGCCUAUUGCAUGUACAAGCUUAGACUUUGCCUCAGUCUUUCAAGGGGUAUCUGUCAACAUCAGUUUACCCUAGACUUCUUGAGGAUCAGAAUUAAUUUAAGUUGGAACUAAAUAACUCACCGUUGCUUGGAAAUUGCAAAUCAUUUCUAGUUAAAAAAUUAUACCAGUUUGGGUUGGAAGAUGAUUUUGUUGGCAUGAAACAGAGAAAGUAACUCUAAGUGACAGGACUACAUCUUGAAAAGGUGCAUUGAUAACACAGGUAGUGCCUUCUCCUGGUCGCUGAGCAACCGGUAACUGACCACCUCACGCUGUGUAGAAAUAUAAACAGUGGGUGCCUGACUGCAUUGUUAAUUCUAAACAGGGACCCUGUAUUUCAAGGGUUAAAAGUCUGAGAACAACCAUCGUGUUGUUGUCCAUUUGACCUCUGAUGCAGGGUCAAUCCCAUGAAGUAUCCAUAGGUGCACAGAUAGCCACCAUGUUUUGCCUGAGCACAUCCAUGCCUGUACACAUUUUGCGUGUAUGCAUUCUGCAUAUACACGUCCUGAAGAACUGGGCCCAUCAGACUAUAAACAAGAGAGAUUUGGUAAGGCUCAGUACAGCCAGUAUGACCUCACAGAGCACUAGGGAUAUGAUGUCACGUAAUUGUAGAGCGUCCUCUAGUGACAGGUUAGCCCUCACACUUGUGUGAUAUGAAGUUGGGUCCCAAGUCCGAAGGGGGGGUGCACUUGGAUGGGGAAAGAAUAGCUUGAUUGGUGUCUUGUGAUAAGAAUUUUCUUGGCAAUCUAUACUUUCUGUGUCAUGUAGAUAGUAAAUUCAACUCAAAAAAGAGUUUUCACAGAGACAGGUUUGAAGUCAUUCUAUAGCUGCAUAGCUCCAUACAAUCUCUUCAUGGAUCCAUGAGAAUUAUGAACUUUCCUAUAAUUACAAAAUAACGUUCAUUUCAUUGCCUGUCAAGCUCUCUACAAAUUCAGGGAAUGAAAUCCACAUAAUUCUUCCUAUCUUGUCAAGCAUUUAGGGUGUAAAACUCUACUAAAAGGGAUGUGCAGAUGAAAUGAAGCUGUCAGUGUUCUGACCCAGUGUUAAACACAGAAGGAUUGUUUGGCCUGAUGAUACAUCGGACAUACAUGUACAUGUUUGUCCAGUAUACAGCUCAUAUAAGUCAGAAAGAUCAGUCCCAUCACCCACUGACAUUUUUGUCAUAUUUCUGAGAAUAGGGAUCAUUAAGACAAGAAAUCUUUUUGGGGCAAAUUUUUUGAAUAUGUAAAUUAAACCAACAGUGUGAAUUGACGCAUUCUGACCAGUUGUCUCAAAAAUGUGGCCGGUGGAUUUUCAAAUUCUCCUUGAGGUUUGUAGGGUCCAAAAGAGGACAUUAUUCAAGAAAACUGUACUUUUCUGCCAGCACAAUGAUUUUUGAAAACUUGUUAAUCAGUCUGAGUAACAUUUUUUCUCCUUGUAAAGAAACAAAGAAUUGGAGAAACAUCAAAGAAUUAGAAAUAUGUGGCAAAUUUUCAAGAGGAUCCAACCCCCCCUCAAAAAGAGAAAAUGGUUCAGUUAUCGGUUGCUUAGUUAUUAAUUACCAGAACUCCAAUCUACUGACUGGAGAUAUAAAUGAACAAACAACCUUUUUUCUAGUGCAGAUAUAUUGUAUAUACUCGUAAAUAAAAAGAUAUUUACUCUAUAAAUAAUUACCCAUAUUUAAUAUAUAAAAUAUAUAUGUAAGCAUAUGUAAGAAUUAAACAACUGUUUGGCUACUGAAAAGGAAUUAAUGUGAUUACUGACAAAUAGCUGUCCGUUUAUUUGCCGAAAACAUUGUUUUGACAACUCAUUGUUUGGCAGAAUCGGGUCAUCCCUAGAUAACCUUGUUUUCACAUCGAGAAAAUAAUCACAUCAAAUCAUAAGCUAUUUGUAUGGGUAAUCAAGAAUAAACAGAUUAAUUUUAUAAGGUGUCUACGUUCAAACUCAGAUAUAUGAAGCUUAUUAUUUUUAAUACUAGUAGCACUUACUUCACAGUUGCUAUUAUUGUAUGUACAAAAUAAAUUGUUCCGAAGUUUCUUUGUUUAGGUUCAAAGCUCGGUCGUCAAAUAUCUGUUUCCUUGUGAUCAAGCACAGUAUCCUUCUCAGCAUACUACCGUGUGGAGUAGAAACUAGCUUAGGCCCCCCAAAAAUCUGCAGUUCUAGAUUCCAACAAAAAUGAAAUGAAGUUCUAUUGUGUAGGUUCUGACAAAUGGCAACUAGGUUUGUCGACUACAUAAGUGGGUUGUCCAACCAGUAGAAAGUACUCACAUUUUCAUAUCAGAAGGAGAUCAGUACCAUUUUAUUUUGUUAAAAAUAAAAACAAGUUAGAAAUACCUUAUGACUUACUACUCUUGACAUUCCAGCUUGUGUCUGUUCGUGAGUACAAUAGUCAGUCAAGUUAAAAUGUUCUUGCCUGUAAUGAUGAAUGUAUUUUGAUUGUACAUACUACUGCAGUUAUUAUUAAAGCACAUUUGUGGAAUUACAUGUACAUGUUAUUGUAACAGCUCUGAUGGUAUCAAACCCAACAACUAAAAACUGGCAUCAUUGGGAUGAUUAUGUACAAGUAGGUAAAAAUGCAUUAAAGGCUGGAUACCAGUGAAAUCAUAGGAAUAGAGGUGUGCAUGGCGCAUCUUGCAGGCCAGCUCUGUUGUCCCACAGUUUAUGCACAAAAGAGUUUUCUGUGUGGGACAUACAAACUGCCCAGCAAGAUGGCUCCCAUCAAUGCCUCUGUUGUAGACUUUCAGACUGCUUCAUAUUUUAGCAGCUCCAAAUCAAUGUUUGCAGGAAAACAAAACAGGGUUGUAUAUGCCGAAGGAACAACAAAGUCCUUACGUAUGCAGGUAGGAAAAUUGUGGGCUGUAUGAGCAACAAAGGUAGAAAGAUUACUAUGAAAAUAUGAUUAGAAUAUUUGCACUUGUUUCUUGUAAAUAUUUAUAUUUCUUCUUGUCUUUUGUAAAAAGAAAAGUCGUUCUGUGUUAACCACUGCCUUUCAUCAUUUAUUCGCACAUUCCUCAACUUUAUUAUCUGUAAACAACAAACUAGGCCAAACUAUGUACAUUUAUGAGCACUGUUUGUUUGAUGGAAAGUUUUGGAAGCAGCAUACAUCGGAAAUGGUCCUGUGGUACUUUCCAGUAUUGGUUAUAUUAUCUGAUUUUGGACCUUUUUUUCUGUAAAGUUAAAAAUGGGGACAGUUUGUCUGCCCAAAUUUUCCUCUUUGUCCAAAAUACCAGGGAGCCCCAACGAACAUCAAUGCAAGUCAGAUUUAAAAUUUUAUUAUCUUGUGCUUGUUGAGAUCAUGCAGUCAAUUUUUCUUUUAGAAUUCAAUUAUGUUUAUACAAAAUGGUUGCUAUAGGUGAUGGCAUGUUGAGAGAGUUAAAUCAUAAUACAAAUAUCAUUCUGUUUUGCAUUUUGAAUAUUUCUAAAAGUUACACAAGGCCCAGUAUUAGAAUAUGGUCCCAAAACUGUGAAAUUAGUGUUGAAACUACUUUACAAAUCUGGUGUAAAUAUGUCAACAAGUUUCUAUCUAUAAAGAAAGUUUUGUUGCCAGUCAAAUGGAUAGAAUUUUUUUUGGCUUUUUAGUCUUCACUCUAGUGGCUGAUUUUGUUCUCUUCUGAAAUGAUACUAAAUCAGAACAUAUACAUGGCAAUUGUGGACAGUACCUUACAUUUACUUGGUUGGAAUUGAAGCUCAUGACAUUUUUGUAUACCAGUUAUGCCUCUAGCUGGUUAAACUAUGUAUGAUUUGAAGGCAAAGUAAUAAUAUUGGUUGAGGUCUGCCGGUAAAUGUCACAUUUUCAAACGGUAUGUACAUGUAUGUUGGAUGUUUGGAAUCCGUGAACCAUUAAUGAAGUAGCUGAGAAAGAUUUCUCAUUACUAUUAUUUUGUGUGACUAAUUCAGGGCGAUGUGAUAUGUGUCCUGAUAAAUCCAGAAAGCUGAAGACUUAUGGUUUACAUAUUGCUACCCAGCCAGUACGCAUGUGGGAUUGCCAGAAGAUCUUGGCUUGCUUGAUGCAACAUAACAACCGCCAAGUGACACCCUGGAAGCAGAGUGUCUAGCGGCAUCGCUGUUUCAUUUUUCAUUUGAGUUCUGUCAGAAAUUCCUGAUUAAUGUCAGCAUCUGAUCGAGUCGUCCACGAUCCAGUGAAUCAUCCUGUUCCUGGAAGGUUUAACUUACAGGCUUUGUUGAUAUUUCCAAAGAAAUCUCGGUCAGAAGUGAUUAAGAUCCCCCCAGAACAGAAAGAUACCGACCAGAGUGGAAACAUUGAUCGUAGUGAAUGAUGAAUGGUAACGCAGGCCACCAUUAAUGAUGUACUGCACUGAAUUUCUCUUAUCUUGUCCGUUAAUGUUUGCAUGAAAUGCUUAAAAGGUCAACACAAUGGAUUUUUUUGGGGGGGGGUACAUUUCUCUAACAAGAACUACGAUAUAUACUGUUGGUACCAAUGAAGUUACUUGGUGUCAUGUCAAUGAAACAUUGACGGAGAAUGAGACUCCAAUCUUCAACUUGGUUCUUAGUUUUGAUACUUGGUGCUUUUGUGUACAUGGCUGGAGGUUUUGAUUGAAUCAGUAGGUAGCUAUGUGACACGCAAAAUGAGAUGAUGUGUACAUUCCUUUGUAUCAAAUUCUCAAUUUGUGGUUUCUACUCGUAACAAAUAAUGUGUGAAAUAGUUUGGCUAACUUCUGCUUGCUAACUGAGGUUUGUAGCUGUGAGGAGAUGGACUGCACUAAAUGCAUUAUGUAUACUCACUUUUGACAAUCAAGUGUAAUAUUUUGGAAGUAUAAAGCCACCACUAUCCAAGUAAGCCAUGUGUAAUCACUGUAUUUAAAGGACAGACGGUCGCUGCUUGAAAUGUGUUCACAAGUUUAAUAAAAUUGUAAUAUGAUGUUGAGGAUCUGCAAAACGUAUGGGCGGGUUUGGGCUUUCGGGGAAAAUUAUGGAAGGGUUUUCUGGUGACAAGGGGGGCAUGUAUUUCACUUAACUUUAGAAACAUGGAUGUUUCUGUCUGUUAUUCUGCGUUUUAACAUCCGUAUCUUUGAAGCAGCAUGCUUGAAGUAAUACAUGCAUUGAAAACCAAAUAGAUUGUAUAUAGAAAUGUAACUGCUCAGAAGCCAUAUUAAACAAAACAAAAGUAUGAAAGGCAAGUUGGAACAAGCUUUAUGAAAUUGGGGUUAUUAUGAAGUAUCAGUCGUGCUUUAGGUUACGGUGCAAAUCACUGAUUAUUCUUCUUUCUUUUCCCAAGGUAGUUUCAAAUACAUAUAUGCAAGUAUACCACUUCAUUAUUGGCUUUGAUGCAUUUGAAACAGGAAAGUCCAUAGGCAAAUACAACAAGUGUAUCUCGAUACGCGAUGGUGAUUUCCAGUUACUGUUAGAGUGGAGACAUUAUGGGGGAUCUUUCAAGGUAAGAUAUUCUCCAGGAGUUCUGUUUGAAGCAGUCUUGGUAAAUGUCCAAGUUUGGUAUAUCUAACCACCAUAUUGGGGAACUGUUAAGUGCAAUAAAGCACAGAUACCAGGAAA